GGGGUGGGUUUUGUAGGCUAUAAAGGACUGGCAAACGCUCGAAGCCCUGCUGGUAUCAGGAACUGCGGCUUGGACCACGCCGGCCAAGAAACUGAGCCAGCAUUCUCCAUGUUGGAUUAUAUGGGCGAGUCUGAUAUUGACCUCAACACACCCCGGUUCAGUAUAUGUUCCCCUAGAUUUACCCUGAUACAAUAAUCCAGCUGCUGGUGCGACUUUAGGUGAAUUCCCGCUUCACUUCUCAUACGUAGUCCCAGAAGCCUGGGUUUUCCUAAGCUGAGCAGCAGGUGCCUACUUGGUGCUCAAGUACUCCACCAGAAGCCAAGUUUGGUGGGCACUCGGCCAACCACUGAACACAACAGAAAGUCCAGUUCUGCCUGUGCCCAAGCCUUGGCCUGCCCCGCCCAAUGCCUACACGGACUAGAAUGUGGAGCUCUCCGGUUCACCCUUGAAGCCUCGUCCAUCUUUGCUUCUCAGGUGCUGUCAUUAGUCUCAGGCCAGUGAAAACCGCUGGGGCUAGGCCGUCAUGGGAGAGGCCAGCAGAGAUGAGUAUAAAAUCCAGUCUUUUGACGCAGCGACUCAGCAGCUGCUGAAGACGGCGCUCAAAGAUCCAGGUGCUGUGGACUUGGAGAAAGUGGCCAAUGUGAUUGUGGACCAUUCUCUGCGGGACUGUGUGUUCAGCAAAGAAGCGGGACGGAUGUGCUACGCCAUCAUACAGGCCGAGAGUAAACAAGCAGGCCAGAGUGUCUUCCGGCGUGGGCUCCUCAACCGGCUGCAGCAGGAGUAUGAGGCCCGGGAGCAGCUGCGAGCAUGCUCCCUGCAGAGCUGGGUCUGCUAUGUCACCUUUAUCUGCAACGUCUUUGACUACCUAAGGGUGAACAACAUGCCCAUGAUGGCCCUGGUUAACCCUGUCUAUGACUGUCUCUUCCAGCUGGCCCAGCCUGAGAGUCUGAGCAGGGAAGAGGAGGUGGACUGCCUGGUGCUGCAGCUGCACCGGGUUGGGGAGCAGCUGGAGAAGAUGAAUGGGCAGCGCAUGGAUGAGCUCUUUAUCCUAAUCCGGGAUGGCUUCCUGCUCCCAAUAGACCUCAGCUCCCUGGCCCGGCUGCUGCUGCUGGAGAUCAUCGAGUUCCGGGCAGCUGGCUGGAAGACCACGCCCGCUGCCCACAAGUAUUACUAUAGUGAGGUUUCUGACUAAGCUGGGCUCCCAUGGGCCUAUGGCUGCACACACCUUCCUGUGACACUCUUUUCCAGCUGGCACCAGAAUCAUUGUCUCUCUUAGUCCCUUCUAGGCUCUUCUAUGACUGCCCUCUUCCCUUCCCACUCUGGAGUUAAGAAACCAAACAGCCCUGGUCUUCUAGCUGGAGACUGUCCUGUUUCCGCACUGCCUCCAAGUCCUUUUAGCUUCUUUUCUCCCACCACCUGGGCCAGGCAGGGAAAGGCAACUAACAACCACUGAACUGUGUAACCACUGGUGCAACACUACUUUGGUGCCUCAAGUUUCCCCAUCUGUAAAAUGGGCAAUUACAGCCGUUGGUGGGAUAUUAAGGGCAAGACACAUCGUGUUUGGUACAUUUUGCAGAGACGGCUGUGCAGAUAAGCUUAUAUCCUGCAGUCGGUUUUUUUCGUGAGUGGCAAUGCCUCACCAGGUUGGGGUGAAGGUUUUCUAAUAAAUCUUUUCUGAA